GCCAAUUUGAUUCAUCGUCGGGGAGAUCUCCUAGUGGACGCAUAGCAUAGGGCUUUCUCCUCUCCCCAUCGCUCGGCCGGUCCAAUGGCCACCGACUCUUCCUACCCCGUCGAGUUCUUCCACCGCGGCGGCGGCGACGGCGACGGCGACGGCCAAUGGUGCAGCCUCGGCGCCGCCUACGCCGCCGUCCGGGUCCUCCGCCCGCAGGGCCACUCCCUCGUCAUGUACACCGUUCCCGACGACCGGCCCCACCAGCGGAUCCUCUUCGCGUACCCGAUCCUCCAUGGCGACGCCUUCGAGAGGCUGGACGGGUCCACGCUCUCCUGGGCGGGGCAAGGCUCCGGCGAUGAGUUUGCUCUCUGCUUCCGCGACGAGGCCGCCUGCGCAGCGAUCUGCGGCGCCAUCUCCCCGGUGACGACGGCGCUUGCAGCCCUGGACGACAUCGCUGACAGGCUCGAGGGGUUGCGAGUGGCCGCGGCGGAGGGGGGCGCCACGGCCGCCGGAGGGGACAUCGCUUGUCGGCUCGCGCAGCUUAGCUUAGCCCGCGGGCCAUGAACUGGGCUACCCGGAGAAUUGAAACCAGCCAGAUCAAGUAGGUUUUUGCCAUAGCACCGUCGUGUUAGUUCAAUCAACUCUAUACUACGUAUAAAUUUCUGCAAACUUUUCUUCAGCAGUUUACAUCGCUUUGUUCCGAAACUGCAAUUGUUAACGCAACAGAUGGAAAGAUUGCAGACUAUGAUGCCCAGUAAGGAAUUUCUUUUGAAUUUGGGUGGAACCCAAUCGUGCGAAA